AUGGCAGGGACACAGCCCCGCCGCAGUGAACGCGGCAGGGAACUUCCGCCGCCGCCCUCUGCCGCCACCGCCGCCGCCGCUCACGCCACUGGCUCGUCGGCCUCCCGCAGGUCCGCCAAGCGACGCCACCGCCGCCACCGCCGUCACCGGACCCGCGACGGUUCGUCCUACCGCAUCCCCUACGAGUCUGGCUCGCUCUCCCGUUCGGCAGGCCCUGCCGAGGAUGAUGCCAGCCACAUCGACCAUGCCGACCAUGCCGACCAUGCCGCCUCGGCCUCAGCCUCGGCUCGCCGCGACCAGCCCCCUCUGUCACCCUCGCCCUCGCCGCCGCGCCGUGCCUCCUCGCCACCGCCGCCUGUCGACACCUCUGCUGGUGAUGCUGCCUUUCUCCGUGACUAUGCCGCAAGGCUGAGCGUCGAGCUGGCUCGCGAGCAGGGCACCGUGCUUGACCCGGCCGAGGCUGCUGUCCUCGUUGCCGAGGCCGAGGCUGCCGGCGCUGCUGGCGGUCGCGGCGGAAGCCUUCCUGAUGACACACCGGUUCCGGCAUGGUGGACCGAUCGCGCGCUAGUGGCGCCGCUUAUUGUGUCGUACGACACCCACGUGGACGCACUGCAGGAGACCGCCCGCGUGCGGGAGGAGCAGCUCACGGCUGCCCGCACCAACAUUGCCACUCUGGCAUCCGAGAAUUCUUCACUCCGCGCCGAGCUAGACCGCGCGCUGGAGGCCCUGCAUAGUCGCGCGUCCGACGCCGCGGCCUCCGGCUCGGGCCUCGCUGUCGCUGCUGCAGGUCUCACUCCGUCGGACGCCGAGGAGCUCGCCGAAAUGCACGACCGCAUCGGCCUGUACCAGGAGGAGAACAACAUCCUCAUGUCGCAGGUCUCGGUGCUGCAGGGCGAAGUCGACGCGCUCCGCACUGAGCUCGACUCGACUCGUAGCUCCAGCUCGUCGAGCUCGACGCAGCUGCAGCGAAUGGCUGCCUCGCUCGACGAAGCGACCGCGGUCGCCGCCGAGGCCAGCGCCCGUGCUGCCGCCCUGCAAGACGAGCUCGACCGGAAGAGCUCCGAACUCGAGCUCCGUGAGCAGGAGGCUGCCUCGGCCCGCGCCGCAAACUCGGCGCUCGAGGAGACAGUCGCUCGUGCCAAGCUCCAGACCGCCGAGUACAAGGAUGCCGUCGACUCGCUCGCUGCCCAGCAGGCUGCGCUUGUCUCCGAAGCCUCGGCCGCCGCCGACGCCGUCCAGGCCUCGGCCGUUCUCCGCUCCAAGAUCACUGACCUUGAGCGGUCGCUUGAGGCUGCCAACGCCCGCGCCACCCAGCGCGAGCACGCGCUCGUCCAGGAGCGCGACGAGGUUGUGACCGCCAUGCACUCGCUCGAGCGCAGGCUCGAGACCUCGCAGCGCGACCUCGACGAAGCCUACCUUCGUGUCAAGCAGGCGCUCGACGCACUCGACGAGGUCCGCUCCGAGCGCGACCGCGCCCUCCUCCGCGCUCAACAUGCCGAGGCCAGCCUUGAGAGCUGCCAGACCUCCCUCGCCGCCGCUAUGGCCGGCGAGUCGGCCGACCAUGCCGCCUUGCUCGCUGCCGAGCGCGCGCGCUGGGAGGCCGAGCUGGAGAAGACAUCCCGUGAGCUCGGAGCUGCCCAGGAUGCCAACAUCAAGCUCUCUGCCGAGUCUGAGCGCCUCGCCCGCGAAGCCAAGCGGUUCGAAGCCGAGCUCGAGGCGAUCCAAUCGACAGCCGGCCGCCGGCGCGCUCGCGAGCGUGAAGAGGAGCUCACUGGUGCGCUGCGGACCGCCCAGCGCGCUGCUGCCGACGCCGACGCCACAGCCGAGUCUGCGCGGAACAAGCACCGCCGCAAGGAAGCCGAGUGGGCCCGCGAGCGCGCCACGCUUGAGACCCAGCUGACAGAGGCAUCCAAGCGCAUCCGCCAUCUCGAGUCCGAGUCUCUCGCCGCUCACGACGAGCGCGUCACUGCGCUCGAGUCCCGCAACGCCAUGGCCGAGCAGGUCAAGCUCGCCCAGGACGCCGCCGCCCGAACCGAGCGCCGUGCCGCCACCCAGCUUGCCACCCUCGAGCGCUCGUCGCAGGCCGCUGUCGGCGAUCUCGAGCACGCGCUCCGCCUCGCACAGCGCAACCUCGAUGACCACGCGCUCGAGGCACAGGAGCUCGUCGCUGCCCAAAAGGCGCUCACCGCAAAAUGGCGCGCGGCAGCGUCAGCCACCGCCGACGAGUUUAGCGCCGCGCGCAAGGACCUCGAGGCCCAGCUUGCGCGCGCUCAUACCCGCAUCGACCAGCUCUCCGGGCGCGUCGCCGACCUUCUCCGCGAGCGCGCGUCUAUGAUGGAGGCCGCCGAGGCCCAGGCCGUCGUCACAUCGCAGCUCCGCGCCAUGCUCGACGCCGCCGAGCGCAAGGCUGCCGCCGACAAGCUUCGUAUCGCCAAGCUCGCCGCCGCGCCCGCCGCUAACGAGAACGCGCCGGCAGACGCGGCCGCAGGUCCGGCGCCGGCUGCGCCGGCCUCGUCGCUCCGCGCCUCGCUCGAGGCCCAGAAGCAGCGCCACAAGUCUACCAGCCAGAGCCUGCGGGCAUGACCUUGUGAUGCAUGGAAC